GUUUAAACGUCAUCGAGUUGUGGACAAAACAAAAGAUUUUCAACACUGUACGCCAUCUUGCCCCGAAUAGCCAGCUGUGCUUGGAUUUUAAUAUUUCGUAAUCAUACUGUGGUUUUGGCGUGAAAUUAAGCGUUUAAAAUGAUUCGCCGUGGAGGUCGAGACAGCCGUAGCGCUGAAAGAAUUGGCCGCAGUUUUGAAACGGGCACUUCCAGCUUGAUGCGUCGCAACGACCGCAAUGGUGGCCGGGUGGAGAAGCGCUUCGAUCGCAUGGAGCGGAAUGGCGAAAACUUGCGUAGCAUCCGCUGGGAUCAGGUAAAGUUGGAAGCGUUUCAGAAAAAUUUCUUCCAACCCGCUAGCAGCGUCCUGAACCGUUCGCGGGCCGAGGUGAACCAGUACCUGGACAAGAACGAGAUUACCGUGUACGGAAAGAAUGUGCCUGCCCCGAUUCUUCACUUUCACGAGAGCGGCUUUCCCCAGUACAUGCUGGACGAGUUUCAGCGGCAGGCUUUCAAGGAACCGACCUUCAUUCAGGCGGUCGGUUGGUCGAUUGCGAUGAGCGGGCGCGAUAUGGUCGGUAUCGCCAAGACGGGCAGUGGCAAAACGCUAGCGUACAUUUUGCCCGCCUUGGUGCACAUCAGCAACCAGCCGCGAAUCGCACGGGGCGAUGGCCCGAUUGCGCUCGUGCUGGCUCCGACGCGUGAGCUGGCGCAACAGAUCAAGCAGGUUUGCGAUGACUUUGGACGGCGCAUGGGUAUCUACAAUACGUGCGUGUUUGGCGGAGCCUCCAAAUAUCCGCAGGAAAGUGAUCUUCGCCGUGGGGUGGAGAUCGUGAUUGCUACGCCGGGCCGGUUGAUUGAUUUUCUUGAGCGCGAAACCACAAACUUGCGGCGCUGCACGUAUCUCGUGCUGGACGAGGCCGACCGUAUGCUGGACAUGGGCUUCGAACCGCAAAUUCGUAAAAUUAUUUCGCAAAUUCGUCCCGACCGUCAGGUGUUGAUGUGGUCUGCGACGUGGCCGAAAGAGAUUCGCAAACUGGCGGAAGAGUUUUUGCGCGACUACAUUCAAAUCAACAUCGGCUCGCUGAACCUGGCCGCGAACGAAAACAUCCUGCAGAUAAUAGACUGCUGCGAGGAGUACGAGAAGGAGAACCGUUUGUUUAAGCUGUUGGAGCAGAUAUCCUCGCAGAACGAUGGCAAGACGAUCAUCUUCGUCGAAACGAAGCGCAAGGUGGACAAGAUUGUGAACGUUAUCCGUCGGCAGGGUUGGCGAGCGGACGGGAUUCACGGCGACAAGUCGCAAAAGGAUCGCGAUUACGUACUGAACACAUUCCGUCGCUCGACCAAUGGCAUCCUGGUAGCCACCGAUGUGGCCUCGCGCGGUCUAGACGUGGACGACGUUAAGUUCGUUAUCAAUUUCGACUUUCCGAACAACACCGAGGAUUACGUGCAUCGUAUUGGCAGAACGGGACGCUCAACUAACAAAGGAACAUCGUACACGUUCUUUACACCGGCCAAUUCGUCCAAAGCGCCGGAUCUUAUCUCCGUGCUGCAGGAUGCCAACCAGUACAUCAAUCCGGAGCUGCAAGAGUAUGCACGAGGCAGCGGUCGCUAUCGUAGUGGUGGUGGUGGUGGGCGCUACCGUGGCAACAUGAGCGGGGGCCGCGACCAUGGUAUGGGGCAACGCAAUGGAAGAAUGGGAGGUGGUGGCGGUCGGUUCGGUGAUUCCCGGAUGGGACGCGAUGAUGGAGGCUAUCGGAACGGCAAUGAUGAUCGCAGUGCCAUGUAUCCUCGGCGGGAUGAUUACAACCGUGAUCAUCGCGAUGGUGGGUCACGCUCUGGAGGUGGCUAUACCUCGAGCGGUGGAUCUCGUGGCGCUGCCAACGGUAUAGGUAUGAAUGGUUAUGGGGCUGGCAGCACGGCAGCUCCGUACGGUACGGACGAUCGUAAUUACGGUGGACACUAUGGCGGCCAACCACAUGCGGCAGCCUACGCAGGUAGUGGAUACGGGGUGCAAGGAUCCGUUCCACGUCGUUCCGAUACGGAUCGUUCGCGCGCAUCAGCCGGUGCUCCGGCCGCCAUCGGAUUGGCUGCAACCCCCACGAUGCCCAGCGCAAUCGCUUAUGCUCAUCCCGCAAUGGCCCUCGGCGCUCCGUAUGGCGCCGGGGUGGGAUUUCAGUUUACUGCCCCACCACCAGCACCGAUGGGCCGUUCCGACGGAUAUACGGCACGAGGAGUAAUGCCUCCGAUGGCGUCGGGUGGUAUGUAAAGAGCGGAUCGGCAAAUGACUGGCAUCCACAAACAUUCUAGAGUAGUAGCGAGCGCACCUACAUCUCUACCAUCUUCUUCGGGCCGAAUGAUGGCACGCAGGCUAAUGUUUGUAUAGACGUAGUCGGAGCACCGCCAGGGUGAUGUGUGGGAUGAGUACAUGUAUAUCAACAAAACCUCAUAAAAUCGUGACAAUUUGUUUCGGCUGUAUUAUAAUUUAAAAUUUGAUUACGAUAAUUGAUAAUUGAUUGAAUUGAUGAAUCCUUUUUACAUACAUUAACCCCCAGUGUUUAAGCACACUUUUUUUGAAAAGCGAUUGCGAAGAGGAGCGUCGAAGAGCACGUUUAGUUGUAUCUCAUGAAUUUAAUUUGAACUAAUAUUUAUAAGCAUAAACAUUAUCAAUUCCUGGAAGAAUAUAAAUAAAUGACAUUCGAUUAGUUUUAAUAUUUAA